AUGAACGUGGCUAACCACGUUAUCGAACUCCAAAAGCUCUAUCAAAACUCCACCAAGCCAUUGUGGAUGAGACACCCAAGAUCCAAGUUCUACAUCUACCCAUUCUGGGCUCUUUUCUGGUCCGUCACCGCUGUGAACGUUUUCUACUUGGGUAGAGCUGUCUGCGGUAUCAAGGACAAGAAGUAA